AGUUAUUGCUCUGAGUUUUCUGCAAAAAUGGGUUCUUGCGUAUCCAACAAGAGGACUGCUGAUAAGUGGGAAUGUCGCACCCCCAAGAGAACAAGAAUUUCCAGAUGGGACGAAGGAGACCUUGCUUUAAGGGAGGCACACCCCCUUUGUCAUCAUCAAGACAUCCUCAUCACCCAGAUCUUCACCAAGCUGGACUGGGAGGGGCAGGCUGCUGUGCAGAUGGUAUGCAAGCAGUGGCGUAGGUGGGCCAAGUUGCGGUACCGCCUCCCAUACCACUACCCUCAAGGAUGCUACCGCGCGUGGCUGCGGGAGUGGGUGAUCAUGGACGUCAUUGACAAUGAUGGCCAUGACUUCCACGCCUGGAUGGACAAGGACAUGACCGUCUACUUUGACGGCUUCCCCCUCCUUUUCAAGGAGGAGGAGUAGCUGGUGGUGGAGGCCAUGCAGGGGUGGUGGUGGCGCUGGUGGUGGCCCCUCUUUUGUCAAGCUUAUGAUGAUCCAGCUUGUUUAUAGC